ACAUGAUCAAAGGAUGAUUAUCUUUAGGUGGCUGUUGUUUACAAAGCUAACAAUCCAGGGGAUGAGGUUGGCAAGUGGAAAAUAUUAGCUACGUACGGAAGUCACUUUUAUACCAAUUUCUUUAUGAUCAUUGAAAUUUUGAUGUAACGAAAUACUGUUAUGUGAUUCUUCCAGGUAUGGCUUCUUCAGGCAAUGAGCAACAGUUGCGUUUCAGGUGGAAUGACCACAUGCAGCACAUAUCUAAAGUACUUACAUUGCAGAGAUUUGAAGAACAGUUUUGUGAUGUUACAUUGGUAUCUGAUGAUGGGUUUGUCAUGAAAGCCCACCAGGCCAUAUUAGCAUCCACCUCUGCUUAUUUUCAACGUGUUUUCUCUGACAUUACUCCCGAUCAGCAUCCAAUGGUCGUGUUACGAGGAGCAAAUUUUAGAGAAAUGACUUGUCUCCUAGACUACAUGUAUCAAGGAAGUACUCAGGUACAUCAGAGUCUGAUGGAAGCUGUUCUAGAAGUUGCUGAUAUGCUUGAAGUGAAGGGACUGUCUCAAAUAAGAUCUAAUAAUUCUAUAAAAAAAUUCAUGGCACCACCUUCUUCAAAUAGUACUACUAGCAGCAGUACAACCACCCCAUCCCACAAUCACCCCGGAGAUAAUAAUAAUGUGGGACAUUCAAGAUCAUCAGAUGAACAGUCAGGACCUCAUACACCAGAGGAACAAGUGUACCGGGACUCCCAGAGUAGAUCCUCAGAAUUAGAAACCUCUUGGAUGAGAUUUUCAGGUAAUAACAUGGCAGAGACCCGUUCUAAAGAAUCGUCUCGUUCACACAGUGAGGGAUCUGUAACUCCCUCAGAAGAACCACCUCCAUCAUCUCGUGUGCGCUUAUUACCCUGUCAAGAAACAAAUAGUCAGGAGACACAAGAGGAAUCCCAGGUUUCUGGAAUGGAUCUUUCCAUGGCUAAAAAUGAACCAUGGUCACCCAGAGAGUCAUCACCAAAUGGUGACAAAAGUUCUCCAUCAAGAAAAAGAAGAAAACUUUUAGAAGGAAUCUGCACUGAAGAAACUUCAGAACCUGCGACAGAUCCUGAUUGGGGCCGGGUGGGAUCCAAGGUUGAUGAAAGGGGUUUAUGUCAACCAAGAACUAUAAGCUUUACUUCAAUUACCUCUGAGCCAGAAUGCAGCCCACAACAACAACAGAGCAGAAAUCCCCCAUCAAAAAACAAGGAAGGAAUGUCGUCAUCACAGCCCUUAGUUGAAAAAACAUUAGAAGUUCCUUGUGAAGAUGGACCACUCACAAUUAGUCUCACUACAGGGCAAGAUCUAAAUGGGUGGAGAAAUGUAGUGAAAAGGAAACCUCUAUUUUCCUUGCCUUUAAGAAGAACAAGGAGAAAAGCCAAAAUAAGGCGAAGUUCAGAUGAAAACAGAAAAAAAUGGUUGGCUAAAGAACGUAGGUCUCUUUUUGGGUCAGACUCAGGUGGCCGUCCAGUAACUAGAGCCUUAGAGCGGUUGAAGAGCAAGGCAGCAUCUGCAGAAGUACAGUCUUUAGAAAAACUUCAUGUCAAUUGUGAUCCCCCCUUCCCUACAGAGGAAGAUGCUGCCAAGAGUAACAGGGACAAGGAAAAUAUUUUGUCCCCCAAACCUACACCAGAUGAAAAUAAAAAGUUACCUUCCAACCAUAAAAGUACCACAGACAAUGGUAAAGAGUCUCAUACUUGGGAAGUGAAUGAUAAAAGGACUGAUGAUGAUAAGUUUCAGGAAUCAUCUGAGGAAUUGAAGUUCCCAGCCAUUAAUCCUUUGUCUCUUUUCACACUGCCUCCUGUAAAAGAGAGGGAGAAGCAAACGCGAACAACAUUAACCCUUGAAGAGAAGGUAAAAGUUAUUGAUGCUUUCUUAGAUGGAAAAUCCCAGCGUCAGAUUGCUCAUUUAUAUGGAAUUGGGAAAACUCAGGUAAGUGGCAUAAUUAAGAGAAGGGAAGAAAUUCUUACAAUUUAUCGUGAUAGCCUUUUAAGGGGUGAAAAAUUGACAAUGAAGAGGCAACGGAAGAGCGAGUAUGCUCUACUCAAUCAACAUUUAAUCCAGUGGUAUCGACACAUGACUGUUGUUGCUGGGGUGAAAAUCACUACUGGUAUGCUUAGGGCUAAAGCUCUACAGAUUGCUCCUGAAUUAGGCUACCAUGAUUUUAAAGCUUCUAAUGGUUGGUUGGCAACUUUCAAAGCAAAUAAUAAUCUCAAGUUUUCCAAGCAGAGAAAAAAUGAGUCCUAUGAUGAACAGGGUAAUUAUGAGCAUGAUUCCAAUCAUAGAGAUGAUGAUGAGUCCUUUUUCGAGGAUGCUGAAGCAGAUAAUUCUUCAAGUCAUCUUCCCCUGAUAAAACAGUACCAAGGAACUGGUAAUAUUACAGGUGUACCUACCAGUCAUGAUGGUACAGAUUCAGAUCUUACAGGUAACAAAAGCUCUCAGAAUGAAGAAUCUUCAUCGGCUAACCAAACUGAUCAGACAGGGUCUCUGAUUCACCCCGGACUUUCUGGGGCUGGGGCAUCCAAGGCACCACAGAUGGUAAAUACUUCUUUGGGGGCCAACUUAACUGCAGCUUAUAACCUAUCUCGUGAUUUGACGAGAGAUCUUUCACGGGGAGAUACCGCAAGUGUAGGAGACCUGUCAUCAACAACUAUGAAUGCUAGUCCACUUAACCACCCUGUUUCAGCUUUAAAUGUCAGUCGAGCUGUCAUUGAAAAUCCUUUAAGUAAGCCCUCAGAUGCAGCUUUAGCAACAUAUAAGUCCGAAGAACCUCUAGGUUAUGGUUACGAUCACCAGAAUCGUAUGAAUGAUGCAAGCACUCGAGGAGCAGAGUAUAAUUACACUCCUUAUGGAUUUCCUGGAAGUUACUAUAGCUACCAUUUCCUUGGGCAAUAUUGAGGUGUAAUUCUGGUUUGGAAAUGUUUAAUAUGUAAUAUGAGUGUUUUGUUUGAGUCAGUAUUGAAAUCUGUAUGAAAAUCAGGUUCUUAUGGCAAGAAAGAUAUUCUGAUUAUAUUUGGAUUAGUAUAGAAUGUCUUAUAUAUUGUAGAAUUUGCCUUUCUUUUAUUAGAAAUGUGUGAUGUCAAGUUUGUUUAUACCAGUCAUUGCAUAAAUUGUUGCAAUAAUAUUUACAACAGGAUGAAGAAAUCUAGUGUAAUUUUUGUGAUAUACUGUAUUUAGCCAUUUUGUUUUGCAGAGCGCGCACACUUUCUUUAGAUUUUUUGCAUAAGUUGAUGUGACUGGGAUGAUCAGGACUUUAAUUAUUUAGGUUUUUAAAUUGUUUGAAAUUGAUAAGAAACACCUGAAUUCAUCUUAAUAUUUCAUCUUUUUUUAAUAGUUUCUUUGCAGAAUUGUGCCAUAUUGUUCUAAUUAGCAUUAUUAGGUGUGCAAUUAAUUUUUAUGGUGUAUUAUUGGUCUUUGGAGUGUAUAGGAGUAGAAUAGACGCUGGAAAAAUUUAGGUACUGUAUGGGAAGAUGAGAAUUGUUCAUGAUGCAGUACUAUUGUAUUUUUUGUAAAUUCUUUUUUGCCCAUUCAAAAAUUAAUUUUAUCUGUGUAAAACUAGACAUUUCAUAGGCCUAAAGACAAAAAGAUUUUUUAAUAUUUUCUUUUCAUAAAUUUCUAGUUUGAAUGUAAGGAAAUAUUGUAGUAGUGAGAUGAAAACUUUUAUGACAGUUAAUUCCUGCUGCUUCCAAAAGCCCUAAAAGUUUUUUUUUUUUUUUUUUUUUUUUUUUUUUUUUUGAUAGGUGAAUAAAUUUGUUGAAAAUUUCCUUGUGUUAAUUUCAUCUUUGCUAAGUUGCAAAGAUGUCUUUCAAAAUCUGAUGACUGCUCUUUGUUGCUUCACUCUUGCAAAAAUCUGUUUGCAAAAUGGUUGUCACUCUUUAAGAAUUUUUGUUGGAAAACCUUUUCAGGAAAUGUUUAUCAUUAUUUUCAACUUGUUGAAAAAAAAAUGCCGGAAGUGAUUGUCAUUAUUAUUCAACUUUUGAUGAUAAUGUUUAAUGUAAUGAGUUUGUGAUAUGGAUUUGAUUUAAAAUUCAUAUUAGGGCUGAGCUGUUAUUCUCUUAGGAGUAAAGACUUGAUAUUUAUAUGGGUAAUGAACACAUUUAAUUAAAUGGGAGACUUCUUUUUUGUAUACUGAUUUGGUUAUUACCAUUUGGUGCACCAGAUUAAAAUUGGUCCCUUACAUCCCUGUUUUAAAUUUAAAAUGAUUUUUUUUGUUAAGUAAUUUGUCUUCAUUUAAGAAAUCUUAAGGUGAAAUUUUUUAUUUAUUUGAAUAGGUUAAACAGACUUUUUAAGUAUUUUAAAAAUGCUUAAAUUAUGGAAAUUGCUAAGGGAAUAUAUUUCCUAAAGAGGGUUUAUGUUGAUGACUGCUAGAAUAUUCUUUGAAUUACAAUUUUUGGGAUAAAACAUAUUCUAUAUAUAAUAAAGGAAAGCUUACUCUGGUAUUAAUUUCAUAAUACUCAAAAGGUUUUUGUACAAAAGGUUUUUGUACCUAAUCUACUUGCUUUUAAUUUACAUAUUCUCAAGACUUAUUGUGUUCUUUAUACUAUUGGUGUCAUUCAGUGUUUUGAGCAGCUUGCGUAUGUGUAUAUUCAUUAAAGUUUAAUUUUAUUUGUCUGUGAUAAUGUUUAAUAUUAAGUUGAUAAUAUGUUAUGUUUUACCCCAGUAUUUAAAAUGGGGCAGUAGGCUUCUUAGAGUGGUGUGCUCUGUUAUAUAAUAUACAUGUAUAUUUUGUAGAUACAAUUGAAUGUGAACGUUGUUGUCAAUAAAUUAUGUUUUUGAAGCACGAA